ACUUUCAUCUCGGAUAUAAAUAAAUAAAUAUAUAUCAGUCAUGUCAGAAGAAACAACAAAUAUAUUAAAUAUAACAAGUUCAGCUGAAAACCAAACCGAACCACAGUACAAUAACCCUACUGAAGAACCUAUUUCAAGUCCGAAUAAUGAUUUCGAAAAACAACAUGGCACUAUGGCACUUAUACUUUUAGCUGCUUUAUUUGGUUUUCAAUUCUUAAUACUUUAUUGGAAAUCAAAACAUUACCGAUCUUUUCAAGCAGUUACUUUGGUUGGUUUAUGGCUAAUACCGAUGUAUUUCUUUGGACUUCAAGCACAUUUUUGGAGAUUUCUAUCAAUUUGGGUUUUAUAUUCAAUUGCUAAUUCAUGGGUGUUAUAUUUGGCAUCAAGGAAACCGUUGGAUCAUCAGACACCAAGGCUAGUCUAUAAAUGGUUUUCGGUUGUAUAUAAAGUAUCGUAUGCAAUUGGUAUAACAGGAUAUACUAUUAUUAUGUUGUACUUUUUCGGGUUUGUACAAUUAUUUUAUUCGGGUACAGAUGGAUUUGAAUUAGGGGCAAUACUUUUAAGUUAUGGUUUAUAUUUCGGAGUGUUAGGUAGAGAUUUUGUAGAAAUAUGUACAGAUAGAAUGGCAUCAACACUUGGAUAUUAUAAUAAAGAUGGAUUUCCAAGAAGACAUUUAAGAGCAGAUAUAUGUGCGAUAUGCGGAGUUGCGGCUUCUAGAAGUAAUACAACAAAUGACAAUGAAAAGGUCGAUCAAAAUCAUGUAUUUCAAUUAGCUUGUAAACAUGUUUUUCAUGAUGAAUGUAUACGUGGUUGGUGUUUAAUAGGAAAAAAGGAUAUUUGUCCUUAUUGUAAGGAAAAAGUCGAUUUAAAGGAAUUUAAAACAAAUCCAUGGGAUACUCAACAACAACUUUAUCUUAGUUUGCUUGAUGGUGUAAGAUAUUUAGUUGUUUGGCAACCUGUAAUUUUUGCAGUUGUACAAUUAGCUUAUACUUUAUUUGGUUUAGAAUAAGAAUUAAAAUAAAUUAAUAGAGCUUUUGUAAUAAUGUUAGAUUCUAUUAUUUCUUGGUUAUUUCAUUAAUAUACUGUGUUAUUUAUUUAGUGAAAAAGUAUUUAUUAGGAUUUUUAUUAUAAAUUUCUUCCUUUUUUUUUAAAAAAAAAAAAACACUUAUUUUAACUUAGUAAUGUGUAAUUUCUUAUUUCAUUAAAAAUUUUAGUAAUCAUGUACAAUCUUUUACCUCUGCUAAUUUUGCCGCAGUAGAUCUUUUGGAAGAUGUGUGGGAAUUGUAAUAUAGUUAACAUAUUAUAAUGUAAGAAAAAGGGCUCUAGACGUUUCUCCAAGUUUCUCCCUUAUUGCAAUGACUGUACCAAAUUUCAAUGAAGAUAAUAAAAUAUGACAAAAU